AUGUGUUUAUAUGUAUCUAGGGAGUUUGGAUCAAAAUAUUCUGCAGUGAAAAGCCUUGGUAUUGAAGCAACUAAUGCUGGUAAGAAAGUAAUGGUAAGAGGCUGGCUUUAUAGUGAAAAAAUUUCUAUUUCUAUUUUGAAUAUCUUUGACUUAAAAUCACAAAGUAAUACUUUACCUCAAUGUUUAGGAAAAUCAACCGAGAAGUUUUUAGUUAUUGACAAGCCUAAAUACAAUGUGGUUUUAGAAGUAACGUGGUUAUGGCGUAUAAGGGAUAGAAUUGAAGAAUACAUUAACCCAAAACCAAAAAUAUGUAUGUAUACUCCUGAGUGGUAUAAUAAUGCCUCUAUUGACCUAGGUGAAUAUUGCGAUUCGAGCUAUUCUGAAACAGAGACAGAAACUGAAUCUAUUUCUUCUGAUUCAAGUUAUUUUUCCGAGUCUGAAGUGGAGGAGAUAGUUGCAUCCGAGUGCGGAUCAUUCGAAGGAAUGAUUUUAGACCGCUGA